AUGGGUCAGGCGGAGCGCCAGGGGAGAGGCUUGGGAAAGACGGGGGCUCCUUCGUCCCCUAGAAAGAAGCCCCCUCCUCCGGCACAGGCUGCCGGCUGGUGGCGGGCUCCCUCCCUCUCCCAGCUGGGCGCCAUCUUCCCUCCUGGGGCCCCACCCAGCAUUGAAGCCUCCCGGGCCCAGCCAGCAGGACCGAGGGGGCCCCUGGACCAGGCCCCCAGCCCGGAGCCUGUUUCCUGGGGCGCCACUCAGGCGGGCCGUGCUGUCCACCACAGGUUGCUGAACGAGAGCGACAAGCGUCCCUUCAUCGAAGAGGCCGAGCGGCUCCGGAUGCAGCACAAGAAGGACCAUCCGGACUACAAGUACCAGCCGCGGCGGCGGAAGAACGGGAAGGCCGCCCAGGGCGAGGCCGAGUGCCCCGGCGGCGAGGCCGAGCAGGGCGGGACGGCCGCCAUCCAGGCCCACUACAAGGGCGCCCACCUGGACCACCGGCACCCCGGAGAGGGCUCCCCGAUGUCGGACGGGAACCCGGAGCACCCCUCAGGCCAGAGCCAUGGCCCACCCACCCCGCCGACCACCCCAAAGACGGAGCUGCAGCCGGGCAAGGCAGACCCCAAGCGGGACGGGCGCCCUCUGGGGGAGGGGGGCAAGCCUCACAUCGACUUCGGCAACGUGGACAUCGGGGAGAUCAGCCACGAGGUAAUGUCCAACAUGGAGACCUUUGACGUGGCUGAGUUGGACCAGUACCUGCCGCCCAACGGGCACCCAGGCCACGUGGGCGGCUACUCGGCGGCCGGCUAUGGGCUGGGCAGCGCCCUGGCUGUGGCCAGCGGACACUCUGCCUGGAUCUCCAAGCCGCCGGGCGUGGCUCUGCCCACGGUCUCACCGCCGGGUGUGGAUGCCAAGGCCCAGGUGAAGACGGAGACCGCGGGGCCCCAGGGGCCCCCCCACUACAGCGACCAGCCGUCCACCUCCCAGAUCGCCUACACCUCCCUCAGUCUGCCCCAUUACGGCUCCGCCUUCCCCUCCAUCUCCCGCCCCCAGUUCGACUACUCUGACCACCAGCCCUCAGGACCCUAUUAUGGCCACUCGGGCCAAGCCUCCGGGCUCUACUCGGCCUUCUCCUACAUGGGGCCCUCCCAGCGGCCCCUCUACACGGCCAUCUCUGACCCCAGCCCCUCAGGGCCCCAGUCCCACAGCCCCACACACUGGGAGCAGCCCGUAUAUACGACGCUGUCCCGUCCUUAGGGGGACCAUCCCACCUGGGCCCGCUGGGUAGUGAGCCCCUCUCCCCAGCCUUUGCACCCCAUCCCUUGCCCAUCACAGGCCCGAUGGAGGGGGCUGCAAGGCUGGCGGUCGAGGGGAGACUGUCUGUCUGGCUUCCUGCCUUUGAUGACCCUGCCCCAUCCUGUCCAGGCCCCAGCCCAGGCAAAGCCCUUGGUUGCCAGGCUGGGCGGAGGUCGGUGGCCGCCCUAGACUGAAAGAUGCGGGGCUGCGCCUCCCCACCCCCCGUGACCCUUGAUCCCAGGACUGAGGCGGACGGGCCCCUCCUCUGGGGGAGGCCUCCAGGCCUGGGGAGCGGGGCCUCGCCACGCCAGCGCCCACGUCCUCUGGGUCUUGCAUUACCCGGGGUUGGACGUGACCUGUGCCACCUCUGCUACAUGCCUCGGAGCAAGGCCACCCAGAGACCACAUCAUGCCCAGAGAGGCCCACCUCUGCCCCUCGGGGGCCAAGGGCAGCUUUGAACGUCCGGGAAUAGGGACUCAGUGGGAGGCCUCAUGCCCUCCGGACCCCCGUCCCUCCCGAAAACAGGAAGGAAUUGGCACAGCGCCCCCCAGAUCCAAUCUGUGCCAAUAAUCUCAUGCUGUCUCAUGGAGGAAGCACCUCUUGGCCCCACCCACCCCACAACCACCUCCCGGGCCUUGGGGCACCCCCCCGGGGUGAGGGGCCGGGGUUCCAGGAAAGGAUUCAGAGACAAUUCACAGAGCCUUCUCCGGGCUCCCCACAAACCCCCUCAACCCUCGCCAGGCCCUGUGGCCCUGCUCUGUCAGUCCCAACCCCUUGGGCUUCCCAGAGUUCUAGCUGCCCAGGCGCAAGCCCUCGGCUCCAGGAGACACAGGGCCCAGCCGCCAGGUGGCUGGCAGCAGGCUGAAGACACUAAACUCCUCACAUGUACAUUCUGCCCUGCCCUCUGCCCUCGCCGCCCAGUGAUACCUGAAUGAAGUACGUAGCUCCGUCGGCCCCUUCCCUGUCCUGCAGCCCCACGAUCCGCAUGUAACUCAUUGCUGCCCCUUAUUUAUCUCGGUAGGCCCCGUUUCCUCGCCCCCUCCUAGGUACUCCAGUCCCUAUUAACUCUGCAUUAAGAUUCCACAUAAUAAAGAGAGGUUCCGGCA